AUGUUAACUGCGCGUAACCUCGUGCGCGCUAUUUUUCAAGAGCAGCGUUCAUCAUCGUCAUUGUCGUCGCCUCCUGUUCGUAAAUCAUUGCGCAAAGACGACAGACGAUGUAGUGAGACUGACGUAGAGAGCGAGUCAACGUACAUACCGAAACGCUUUGACGGUGAGUAUAACGUAUGCUUUAAUCGCAAGCCUCUAGGCGUAGGACUCGUGCCUAGUUCACAACUCUACGGUUCAUGGGAAGUAAGUUCUGUGCAAGAGACAGAAGAGAGGGAGGAUAUAUUAUACAAGACAGAGAGUGGAGAACAAAAAGACAAACAAGCUAUUACCAAGGGGGACGUGCUGAUCGCCAUCAACUUUAGCUGCCACAAGGCACAUCUGCCACGUGCGAAACUCGCCGCAUACUUACGUCAGUGCUCGUGUCCCAUUGUCAUGACAUUACGAAAUCCAGAAAUUUAUGGGUCAUUGGACUCGCAAGCCAUGUCAACGGCCAUGUAUCCAGCCUCCAUUGACUAUUAUUUCCAUCAAUUUCCAGCCAAAGUGGUGGCCAGAGCGUCGUCCAUGCAGUGGCGACGUUCCUUAGAGCACGACUUGACACUCAAUGCAAAGGAAGCAAAAAGAGAGACGUCACGGGCAUUGGCUCAAGCUUUGGUAAGCAGAGACUCGGAUAAUAUGCAUAAAGCUGCCCCUGCUGGGAUAACAGGAGCUUUGCCUCUUCGGGAGUGCGACACUGCCGUGGUAGUGAGCGCCGUGGAUGGAGACAGAAAGGAAGUAGAUGGACUUGAGUUGUCGGCGCUUGGUGAAUUUGACGUCAUAUUUAACGAAACUCCAUUGCAUUUGGCGCUGGCACCGUCAACAAGGCUUUACGGAUCGGUGGAAGUGUACGAACCUAAUCAGCACGCACCUACGGUGCAAGUAGGUGAUGUGAUUAUGGCUGUCAAUGGUUACUCGUCGAUCGUACGACUAGCAUCUGAUGAUGUCAUCGAUACUAUCGCAGAGUUGCAAGCUCCUGUCACACUGCGUUUUCGUCGGCCGGUGGCAUACCGCAAAUACUUGGCAAGGUCGAUAAAGACAAAAAAGAAACUUUCGUCACAGUCUAUUGCGAGCGCGAUGUUCCCGCCGUCGGCUGAGUACAAGAAGAAGGUAGAUGUAUCAACCACUAAAAAAGUCAACGAGCCUGGAGUUCUUGUCUCUCAAAGCUUUAUUGAACCAGAACCCACGGAGCUUUUCUUGCCAAAGAAAGGUUCGGCCUCUGUGAACAAGAAAGAUGAACGGGUGAAAGAUCUCAGAGCUUUUGCAGCGAAAAUUGGGGCCCUGGAUCAAUUCAAGUUGUGGGGUGGUAGCGAAAACCCUACAGAAGGAAGACCUAUAGCUGGCCAUCAGUCCGCAUUCUUGACUGAAAAACACAUGCAAUUUCUUUGGAAGAACCUACCAAAUUAUCUCACUUGCAACCAAAUGGAGCUGGCAUUCACGACUCGAGUACAUGGCUGGAACUUUCUGAGUUUUUUCUCACGACUUGGAAACAAGGGACCGACGAUCGUUGUUGUGCAGGAUGAACAUGAAAACAUAUUCGGAGCUUUUUGCUCGGCUUCGUGGAAGCGCUCAAAGUUGUUUUUUGGCAACGGACGGACAUUUGUUUUUUCACUGCGCCCACGUAUGAGAGCAUAUACAUGGUCAGGGUUCGACAGCUCCUUCAUGUACACGCAGCACGAUUCUAUCUUUGUGGGCGGAGGCAGAAAGGGUAUUGCGUUGUGUCUACAGCUCGAUGACAGACGCGGAUUUUCGCACGCCUGCACUACGUUUGACUCUCCACCACUUGUGGAUUACGAAGAUUUUCGGUGCGAAACGGUUGAAGUCUGGAGUUUUCACGGACUGAAGGUCUAA